CCAGAUACAAUAAAAAUUAUCAAGGAUGUGAUCUCCCAAGUGUCCUACAGCGAUGAAUUCAAGAAAGAUAUGGAGAUUUGGGACGAAAAGAAAUCCAUUUCAAAGCUAAGAGAACUUCUACAAGAAAAAAAGGUAUCUUGUUAUCAUUGAUGAUAUAUGGUCUAUAGUGGCAUGGAAUGCUAUCAAUUGUGCAUUUCCAGAGAACAGCUGUUCUAGCAGAAUUGUAGCUACUACACGCAUAAUGGAAGUAGCUAGCUCUUGUUGUCCAGGUCCUGAUGACCAGAUCUAUGAAAUGAAACCUCUAAGUGACCCUCACUCUGAAAGACUAUUUUUUAGAAGAAUCUUUGGAUCAGAGAAUUGCUGCCCUCACAUGUUUAUUGAAGUUUCGAAAGCUAUCUUGAAAAAGUGUGGAGGCCUACCAUUGGCAAUUAUCAGUAUAUCUGGUCUACUAGCUAACAGACCACGUGUCAAAGAAGAGUGGGAGAAGGUGAAAAGAUCAAUUGGUUCUGACUUGAACAGAAACCAGAGUCUAGAGGGAAUGAAAAACAUACUGUCCUUGAGCUAUAAUGAUCUUCCACCACACCUCAAGACUGUCUUGUUGCACUUAAGUAAUUUCCCUGAGGAUUAUGUGAUUGACAGAGAAAGGUUGGUGAGGCAAUGGAUUGCGGAAGGCUUUAUUUCUGAAGAGUGUGGGAGGAGCUGUCAAGAGGUUGCAGAAAGUUAUUUUUACGAGCUUAUCAAUAAAAACCUGGUCCAACCAGUGGGCAUUGGUUAUGAUGGGAUGGUUCGUGCCUGUCGAGUUCAUGACAUGAUGCUUGAACUUAUCAUUUCAAAAUCCAUUGAAGAAAAUAUCAUCACUGUGGUCAAUGGCAGCCAAACUAUUUGGGAAAAUUCUCAGUGUUUUAUUCGACGAUUAUCGAUCCAGGACAUUAUUGACCAGGAGCUUGCAUCUGUAUUGGCAAAGAAAGAUCUAAGCCAUGUCCGAUCUCUUAUAAUACCAUCAUCAGGUUGCAUCAAGCACUUGCCCAGUCUUACUAAGUUUGAAACUUUACGUGUACUAGAUUUUAAAAAUUGUAAGGGCCUGGAGGAGUAUGAUAUGAAUGGUAUGGAAAACCUUUUCCAGCUAAAGUACCUAAGCUUUAGUGGAACAGGCAUAUCAGAGCUACCAUCUGGAAUUGUGACGCUACAUGAUCUAGAGACGCUAGAUUUAAGGGGUGCAAAAUUCAAAGACUUGCCGGCUAGAAUUGUUCAGCUCACUAAACUACAACAUCUACUCCAUGGCAAUCAUUUAUGGAAGAUACCAAUCGGGAUUGGGAAUAUGACAAACUUAAGGGAGAUCACAGGCUUUGAUAUUACCAUGAGUUCAGUAGGUGCAGUAGAGGAGCUAGGGAGCCUGAUCAAUUUGAAGGUACUCCAUGCAUGGUUCAGGGUGCAAGGUGCAGAAUCUCAAGACUACAAGAGUCAUGAAGAGAUGUUUCAUUCCUCACUAUGCAAGCUUGGUAGCUACAAACUCCAGUCCGUGCAUAUAUAUGGUGGCACUCCAUAUCUAUUUGAGUUAUUAGAUUCCUGGUCUCCUCUUCCAUCUUGCCUCCAAAGAUUUGAGAUGGGCACCACCGAGUACUUUUUAUCAAAACUGCCAAAGUGGAUUGCUCCAGCACUCACCAGUCUUGCAUACCUAGACAUUAAUUUAAGUGUAAUAACAGAGGAGGUUCUUGGCAUACUUGGAGAGCUGCCUGCAUUACUUUCUCUGAAACUUUAUACCGGCACGGUCCAUAAAGACAGGCUUGUUUUGCCAGGCAGAGGAUUCCGAUGUUUGAAGGAGUUCGUUUGUGAACCUUUUGGUGAUGGUGCGGGGAACCUUCUGUUUGAGGAAGGGGCAUUGCCAAAGCUUGAGAAGCUUGAGCUGUCUUUUUAUGUAUCAAUGGCAAAGGCCUAUGGGUUCUGCUUAGGUCUUGAACACCUGCCUUAUCUGAAAGAUGUACGAGUUAGUCUUCGGAAGCGGGAUGCCACACCUUCUGAAGUUGAGGCUGCAGAAGUUGCCAUAAGGAAGGAAGCAAAUCUCCAUCCCAACCAUCCCAGGUUUAUUGUUGCAUGAAGAAAUGAAGGAAUAACAGGAGGGAAACUGUUCAACUUAAUUACAAGUGCGGGUGGCUGGACUGGAAUGGAGUCCCGAAGUUGUCUGAAGCUCUAAUAAAAAUGGCCAUCGUUGCCAUUAGACUCGUGAUUUUUUUUAAUUUUUUUUUUGCAAGGAAGA